ACUUUGGUUUACAAUAACGAGUUGUACACUAAAGCCGUGAAUAGUGUGUACUGUAUUUGAUGUAAUGUUUUGUUUGUUUUGUAUUAAUGUUUGAAUUGUUUCGUCAAAUGAGUUGUGUUUUGGUUUUGCUGUGAAAUCCAUAACUGGUUUCACAAUAAUUGUGAUCACAAUUAGAGGCCAAACCGCCGAAGAAUAUCAAAACACAAUGAAUAUCAAUGCCCUAAACGAUGACUGUCUGUCCACUAUCUUCUCGUACAUACCAUUGAAGCAACUGAUUCUCGGCCGAAGAGUUUGCACGCAUUGGCGACAAACCAUCGACAAUUACUUGACAAAUGAGAGACAUUUGGUGUACAAUCAGUCGAUAAAUGGGACCAAAAGAGACCAAUACUUCUACAAAUACAAAGACAAUGUGGAAGCGCUGCUCGAUUUGAAUCAAUUUGAGUGUUGCGUCCAAUUGAUGCCCAAACUCACGGCACUCACACUCAGAGGUAUCAAAGCCAACGACGCUAUGUUACCGAUUAUGGCCACGAAUUGCCCGAAUAUCACACGACUGCACGUACUGUCGGGCGAAGAGUCGCUAACGUUUGUGGGCUUCAAGUACUUGUGCCGCAAGUAUCCACUGUUGACACACUUGGAUCUGCCCAACUGUCAACUCGACGACGACCUCAUCCACAUCAUCGCCACCAGUCUUCACGAGUUGACACACUUUAACUUCGCCACCGACCGGAACCGAGCCGUACGUAACUACCGGUUGUCUCGUUUCACGGGUCAGACGCUGAGGCAUAUCGCCCCUCGAAUCCGGUCGCUGAUGAUCGGCGAGAGUAUGUAUUGGGACGAACAGCUGAUCCAGUCGUUGAUGACUUCGGCCGUCCGGCACACAGUGACCACUUUGCAGAUACAUUUGAUUAAACUGAAGAGUUUGCGCGCCAUUUGCGACGGUAUGCCACAACUCAGAGAGUUUUACUGCAGUUUCAAUGGCGGCGAUAUCAACACUCACGAGAACAAUGUGGGCUGUGUUCGCCACUUGCAUCAGCUCAAGAAUCUGGAAGCGCUGGAACUGAUCGAUGACGGCCGCCAUCAUUGCGGUAUCAACGGCUGUCACAGCGUAUACACGUUGAGUACACUAAUGGAGGCCGUGAAUGGUAUGUCGCGGCUCCGGGUGUUGAGACUCAUCGACUUCGACAACUGGCACUCACAGAAGCCAAACAUCGACCCAUUACUCGCCGAACUCAAGAGGUUUUGCCCCCAUUUAGUGGAGUUCGCGAUCAGCGCCGGACUCUUCCAACUGAAGACCGAGAGCUAUGGUCUGAUUGGUCUGCUGGACGUCCCGACGCUCACCAUUCAGGGCGACAGUAGUCUACAAGUGGCGGAUCCGCCGUACAGUAGUAAACAUAACUAUCUGACCAAUGAGGUGGUCGUAGAUCUACUGAAGGCCACAAAGAGCUUACGGCGCCUCAAAGUGGAGAACAGCCAACAGAUAGACGAAGAGGCGAUCAACGGGUGUCUGGAAGUGUCGGCGGCGCGAAGUCGCCGACAAAUUGAACUCAUCUUUUGCAAUAUUAGACUCAAUAGUGUUUCGCAAAUAACAACAAAAUUACCCGAAAAUGUGUCACUUGUGGUGAACAAAGACGAAGAAGUGAUCGAUUUGGAUGACUAUACAGACGGUUCGUCCUCUUCGUUCGAUACUUCGGACAGCGAUUCCAUACACUUGUUCUCCGACGACGACGACUUCGAUGGCGAUAUUUAGUAAAGGUUUUAAUUGUUUGUCUGUUUUUUGAAAUUAUAUUUGGUUUUUAUUGUAUAUAUUUUUUUGGAAUAAAUAUUAUCUUAAUUA